GCCAAGGCAGCGCUGGAAGCCGAGCUGGAGCAGUCCAAGGCAGCGGAUGUUUCGCGCGCAAAAGAGCUGGAAGAAGAGAACGCUCAGCUGCGGGAGCAGCUGAGAGUUCUGGAACAGCGCCUGGCCGAGGCGGAGGCUCGUCUCAAGGGCGAUGACAUGAGGGAGCUAGACAGCACUCACUCGAGUGCCGUGGAGACUGAGGCGGGGGAGGUCGCAAAGCCCGACCAAGACAAGGCGUCGGUUCCCUCGCGAUUUGAGUUGAUGCAGGCGCUGAAGGACCAGGAGCGCCGUCGCCGGCGGAGGAAGGAGGUCCGGAAAGCCUCCGCGGGCCGUGCGGUUUGGCAGGCGGGCUGCUGCCGGCGCCGCGGCCGGGGCCGGGGGUGGGGUCGCAACUGCGACCCGCCCCCGGCCCCAAUGGUCGAGCGCUUUGUGCAAGCGGCGCUGUUGGUCCUGACCUUUGUGCAGCUGGGCCUGGUGGCGGCCGCGGCUGUGGCGGCAGCCGUGGCCUUGCAGCCGCCAGCCAGCCGGCGCUGGCUGCGCUCGAGGCUGUUCCUUGCCUGGAAGGCGACCGGCAAGCAGACAGAGGUUUGGCCUCAGGAGUCAGAGCCAGCGCCGUUGCCCGCGCCGAUGGAGCCACAGGACCAGGAGAGCGUCCCGGACUCUGGCGAGGCGUCUCAGGAGAUGGAGAUCGUUGUGCCAGAAGGUUCAGCCAGAGCCGACUGCCACCCAGCCAGUGACUGCGGAGCCUGUGUAGCCUUCGAGCCAGAGGAGCAGAUGGUGAAGCUGAAGAUUGAGGUCCCGAAGGUCUUCGAGCACGCGCCGCCGGCUCUCAGGAGAAGGCGCGGCGGCCACUCAAGCCGCCGCCGCCGCCGCCGCCAGAAGACAGGUGACUCUUCUGGGCGCGCUGAGCCGGGCCGCGAACUGCGCUAAGCUUCAAGUCGUUCGGUUAAACUUUCGCCCAACUUCAGUCGCCGCGGCACAGUGCUGCUGUUAGUCAGAUUUUCGCACAUUUCUUGGCACGAGCCGAGAUCCUUGAAUGGCACGGCUUCCAUUGCGGG